CGGCGAGCCCUUCGCUGCCGCCUCCAUGGCACCGCCCGGCUCCCCCUGGGCCCACACCCGCUCCGCGCUGGAGCGGCUGGAGAAGGCGCUGAGCUGCUCCCGCUGCGCCGGCGUCCUGCGGCAGCCCGUGUCCCUGGGGCAGUGCGAGCACGUCUUCUGCCUAUCUUGUGUGGGUGACUGUGUUGGUACAGAAUGCCCAGUGUGCCACAUGCCAGCUUGGGUGCAGGAUGCCCAGGUGAACCGGCAACUGGAGAACAUGAUUCAGCUUUGCAGCAAACUGAGGCAUCUGCUGGGUGUGGACACCUCAGAUUCAACAUAUGUUGCAACACCAACUGAGUCAGACUUCAAAAAAAACAACAAGAAAGAACAGAUAAAAAUGUGGUUCAGCCCAAGAAGCAGGAAGAUUCGAUGUGUCCUGAACAAGACUCAGCCAAAGACUAAAAGUUAUUCCCUUUGUCAAGACACAUCUUCAGCUUAUGAAUUCUUUCCUUCCCCUCCUCAUAAAAAGCCCUCCAAGCCACCAAAAAAGCAGACACAGAGACAAAGUAAGAUGAAGAAGAAGAAACGUUUAGCAGACAUUAACAAAGUGUGGAGCUUAGAGAAGUCUGAGCAGGAAGGAGCUGAGGAGAGCACUCCUAAGGAAAAGUGUGUGACCAUUUGCAGCCAACCAGAAGUCCUGUGUACUCUGGAACCAAAUAGCCCUGAAGAGACACUUGAGCAGGAUGCUGUAAAGGAAGAUGACUCCAGCAAAAAUAGGAAAAAUACAGAGAUAUUGCCACAGGUAAAAUCCUUGGAGAAGAAAGCUAACAGUGAGGUUGCAUGCCCUGCACAAAUCAGCAGAGAAAAAUGUGCUACAGAGACAUCACUGUCAUUAGGAAAUGAAACUAUGCCUUUGAAACGUGAAAGGGAGCAAUCUAGGCUUUCAGGUACUUCCCAAUCUAAAAGACCAAGAACUGAGAGGAGCAUUAUUGGGAAGUCAGUGAUUCAGGUGGACUGCUUAGAAGAAUUAUCUCAGGGUUGCCCUGUCUCCCCAGUGACUGAACACAGGACACCAGUUCAGGUUUCUUCCUCUGUAUCAAAACUUGCUGACACUGAAAUAAAGACAAGAAGCUCAGAAGUAUUUCAAGCAAUAAAUAGUCCUUCACUUUCAACAUCUCCUUCUACCCCAUCUACAUCUAAGAGCUGUAAUCAAGUAGGAAUACCACACAGUCCUUCUGUGUUGAAGUCCCCUGGUGGUAACUCAGUUGCCAGAAGAAAUUACAAAGGAGAGACUUUGCUUCAUGUUGCUUCCAUCAAGGGUGACUUGGCAGUUGUUGAACAGCUGCUGAAAAAUGGGGCAGAUCCUAAUGUCAAAGAUAAUGCUGGCUGGACACCGUUGCACGAGGCAUGUAACCAUGGGCACAGAGAAGUGGUGGAGCUGUUGCUGCAAUCCAAGGCAUCAGUGAACAGCACGGGGUAUCAGAACGACUCGCCACUUCAUGAUGCUGUCAAGAAUGGGCAUGAGAGCAUUGCUGAGCUUCUGCUUUUGCAUGGUGCCUCCCGUGAUGCAGUUAAUAUAUUUGGUCUGAGGCCUGUGGACUAUGCAGAAAGUGAAAAGAUGAAAUCUGUGCUAAUGUUACCAGUGAAGAAUGAAUCACUGUCACUCAACCAGUCCUCUGGGGUGCUGGGUCCCAGCCAGCCAAGAGAGGGACCUCUUUGUUUACUGGGGAGCAAUCUUACUUCGGAGCAACAGAAAUUGCUGAACAAACUAGCAACAGUUCUGAAGGCUCAAAAGUGUACCAAAUUUAACAGCAGAGUAACUCAUCUUGUUAUCCCUGAUGUUCCAAUGCCAAGAACUGUCAAGUGUAUGAUGGCUGUUCUGACUGGAUGUUGGGUCCUCAAGUUUGAAUGGGUGCAAGCCUGUCUGCAAGCAACUGCAAGAGAACAAGAAGAGAAGUAUGAAAUCCAAGGUGGCCCACAAAGAGGCCGACUCAACAGAGAACAUCUGCUGCCUAAGUUGUUUGAUGGAUGCUAUUUCUAUUUCUUGGGGUCUUUCAACCAUCACCAGAAGAGUGAUCUUGUGGAGUUGGUCAAAGCAGCAGGAGGACGAAUUCUGGUUAGGCAACCAAAACCAGACAGUGAUGUGACACAGACAAUCAAUACAGUGGCUUACCAUGCAGCAUCUACUUCUGACCAAAGAUUUUGCACUCAGUAUGUGAUCUAUGAUGCAGCUUCUAAAUUCAAGCCGGAGAAAAUUCGUCAAGGAAAAGUUUGGAUGGCCCCUUCCAGCUGGCUUGUAGACUGUGCAAUGUCAUUUCAGCUCCUGCCUGUAAAAUGAACAUCAGUGUCUCAUAAGCAAUGUUUUAAAAUAGGAAUCUGGAGCAGCUGGAACACUGGUAAACACUGGAAGGAAGAUAUGAUACAUGUUUUUCACUUAGGAAUGCAGGAAAGCUUUGACCAUUUAAAUGAGUCACUUAGAUCUCUGAUAUGCUGCAAUAAAUGAACUUAAAAUGGAAGAGUGAUAUAAAUACACUGCAUUGAAAAAUGUGCCUUAGGUUAUUCAGUAAGCUUUUAUUUUUGCAUUUAGCUUAAGUUUAAUAAUCACUGACAUUUUGUAACCAUGAUUUUGCAAAGUGAAACCUUUUGCAUUCUUGAUUUAAAUCAGCCCUUCCUACGUGAUAGAGCACGACCCCAAUUCCUUUCUGUUUAAUAUCCAUUGACAAGGAAAUGUAUCUUUGUCUUGUUAUGAAUCAGUUUAUUUGAGAUGCCUGAAAUCACCUUCAGUAGCUCUCUGGUGGUCAGUGUCAUCAGUCUAACAUACCUAACAGAUAAUAGAAGGGAAAAAAAUUGAAU